UGUCAUUUUUCUGCGCGCUGGUCGGAUGUGUCUUGCGUCGUGCUUAUCAAUCGUAGUUUUUGUGAUUUGUGUUGUGAAAUGCGUUAAUCCUGUCGUACGGAACAGCAUCCCGCGAGUGUGUAUAUAAAAACAUGACGGAGCCGAAGCCAUCAGGAUUGAGGCCGCCGACGAAGAUCGGCAGGCCGUGCUCGACUAUGCCACCUAGACCAGCGAUUCCGCCUUCCUCGCCGAGGCCGUCAAGCAAUCAGAUGGAACCUCUCUGGGAGUCGCACGGCCGUCAAAUAAACGAGGCUGGCUUACGAAGAGGAUCAGAUACCAGCGUCGUCCUGACCGAGGACACGGACAGCUUUAAAAUCGGCGAUCGAGUAUGGGUUGGCGGCACAAAACCCGGCACGAUCGCCUACAUCGGCGAGACCAAAUUCGCCCCCGGGGACUGGGCGGGAGUGGUCCUGGAUGAGCCCAUCGGAAAGAACGACGGCUCGGUGGCUGGCAGCCGGUACUUCCAAUGUGAGCCGAAGAGAGGAAUAUUCUCGAGACUCACCAGACUCACCAGGUCACCGCUGAACGAUCCUCAGAUGAGCGCGAUCACGUCCCCGAUGUCGGACAUCUCUCGAAGCGGUCUUCUCAGCAAGUCAAUGUCGCCGUCUCUGAAUGCAUCGACGACAAGUUUGUCCUCGACGGUGUCGCAGAAGGGUGAGCUGAAGAUAGGGGAGCGAGUGAUUGUGUCGUCGAGCCAGGGCAGCAAAACGGGCGUGCUUAGGUACCUGGGCAUCACGGAGUUCGCCGCGGGUGAAUGGUGCGGCGUGGAGCUGGACGAGCCGAUCGGCAAAAACGACGGCUCCGUCAAUGGCAAAAGAUACUUCGAGUGCCCGAACAAGCACGGGCUGUUCGCGCCCUUGCACAAGAUCACGAGGUCACCGUCCAACAAGAGGCCGUCCAUACCCACAAUACACAAGCCGAGCGGUGCCGCUCUCAACUCUAGUCUUCAGCAGCAGCAGAAGAAGAGCGGCUCGCGCGAAUCGCUCGUGUCCAGCCUCGCGUCGAGCGUCGCGAGCGCUAGAACGAGCACGACGAACACCACGGCGAGGAGGCCUGGCAUGCGCACGUCAACACCUGCACAUAGGUCACUGCAGGAAGUUUUGAAAGAGAAACAGCAGGAAAUAGAGUUCCUGCGAAAAGAGCGGGACCUGGAACGCGAAAGAGUCACGAAAGCGGCGAAUCAAGCUGAUCAAGCGGAGCAAUCGGCACUGUCGAUCAAGCAAGAAUAUGAUAAGUACCGCGAGGAGAUGCAGCAAGCGGUCACAGAGGCGGAACUCGCUGUCGCCAAACUUCUUAGCGAGAAAGGCGCGUUGGUGCUACAACUGGAAGAGGAGAAACGGAAGUGCGAGGAUCUUCUGUUUCGUUUUGAAGAGGAGUCCGUGAAUAAGGAUGACAUUCAGAAAGAAAGAUCUGAGCAAAGUGUGAGUAUCCGAAGGUUUGGGAAAGGAUUGGAAGGAUUGACGCAGUAUUUCGGCACCGCUUGUGUCAUAAAUACUGUAAAUGAAAGCAGGAUCAAGGAGCUCGAGGAAGAACUUGCUGAGGAGCGGCGGGAGCGUUCCGCACAGAUGGAACGCGACAGCAUCAAGCUGUUCGAGACCGAAGAAGAAUUGGCGCGGUUGCGUAAUGAAAUCAGUUCAGCGACGAACUUGCAGAACUCUCAGCUUCGAGAUCUAGAGAGUCGCAAUCAAAGUUUGGAGGAAAUAAAAACUAGUCUGGAGAAAGAGGUGCAGGAAAAAUCGAGCCUGGUGACUGAAAGUGUGGAUCGUAUUCGGGAACUGGAACUUCUGUUUAGCAAAACGCAACAAGAGAGCACGACGCGCAAGGAAUCCGAGAAUCGUUUGGAGAAGGAACUGGAAGCUGUUAGACAAAGCUUGCGGGACAGAGAAGCACUUGUGGAAACCAUGAAACAGGAAUUUGACAAAAGUACGAUUUUAUUGAACGAGGAAUUGAAACGCUCGAAGGAAACGAUCGAUACGAUGAAGAAGGAAAGUCUGAGCGAGAAAGACUCGUUACUGAACGAAUAUCGACAAAAGAUCGAGGAGAAGGAUCGAUUGAUCCAGGCAAAUACCGAAGAGCUCAAGAACGAGAAAGCGCUGUUGGAGCGGCAGAACGCGGCUCUGGAGAACCUGAGAGCCGAGAACGUUAAGCAUAUUCAUGAACUUUCAGAGUCUUUCGAACAACAGUUGCGUACGAAGGACUCGAAGAUUGACGAAGUUUCACAGCAACUCAGUCAAAAAGUGUCCGAAACCGAUAAACUAUUGACUGAAUUAGCUGCUGAACGAGAACUCUGCAAGAAGAAGAACGAGGAGUUGAUUAACGCUCUGAAAAAAUUAGAAGAAUUGAGUACGAGGCUGAAACUGGCCGAAGAAAACAACAAUGUAUUGUCAAGACAAAUUUACGACUACAAGUCGAAGAGCGACGACAAUGUUAGAAUUGUUAACGAGAAGCAAAAAUUGGAACAAGAUAUAGCCAUUCUAAUCGCUACGGAAGAGAAAUCCAACGCGCAAUUGAACAAAUUGAGCGAGGAAUUGAAAAUAAAGGACAGAGAACUCGCGGAACUGCGAAGCGCCACCAUGGCGCAAAUAGAAGAAAUAACUAAACGUUUCGAGACGCAGAUCAACGACCAAGUCAAGUGUAUUGACGAGAUAAAUGCGGAUGUAGCACAGAAAGCUCUGCUGCUUGCCAAGCUGGAGAAAGACAUCGCCGAUCUCAAAGCUAUUAUAGCUAGUAAGGAUGAGGAGAUCAAACAUCUGCUCGAGAAAUCUUCGGAAUUGCAAGACGCUCUCACACUAUCCGAGCAAACGAAAACCAACUUGGAGAGCGAACUUCGUGUGUUCGAGACGAACGUGCAGAAUUUAAAUCAACAGAUCGCGAGAGCGGAGGAAAAAAUAUCGCAACUAUCGCUGCAGAAAGAAAAAUUGGAAUCUGAUGUAGCGAGCGCGAUCAGCAGUUCUGCUGAUUCGUCGGAACAGCUGUCGAAAUACAACGAAGAGUUGCGACAAAAGGAAAAGGAGCUGGACGAAGCCCGCGAGAAGAUUUUCGAAAGAGAAACCAGUUUGAAACAAACGGAGGUAAAAUUAUCCAAUAUCGAGACGGAAUUAAACAAGAGCGCAGCGUUGAUCGAGCAAUUGAACGCGGAAAAGUCAAGUUUGCAGUCUCAAAUAGAAGAUGCUAAAAAGUCGAAUGCGAAUUAUGCAGAAAAGAUACGUGAAUACGAACGAAAGGAGAGCGAAUUGUUGUCGAAGUUGACGGAAAGUGAACGCGUGAAGAAAAAUUUGGACGAAAAGUCUGACGAGGCCAAGCGUCUUGCGGAGCAAUUGGCGAGGAAAGAAACCGAAAUUGCUAAUCUUCAAGGAGAAUGCGAUACCUUGCGAAGUUCUAACGAAGAAAUAUCGUCCUUGCAGAAAAAUAUCGCCGAGUUGUCGAGCGAAUUGUCAGCCUCGCGAGACGAAGUGAAAAGUUUGCAAAAAUCAAAUUCCAAAUUGGAGGCUGCUCAGAGCGCGGAUCGAUGGUCGAUCGAGGAGUUGACGGAUAAAUUGAAUACUCAGAAGGAGGAUUCGCUCAAAUUGGAAGAUACGAUUCGGAAAAAGGACUCGAAACUUCAGGAGAUGGAAAACAAAUUGUCGGAAUUGCAAAAGCUCAACGAUGCUUUGACUGCCGAUAAGGAAACGACCGAUAAGAACUUGAUCACGUCCUUGAACGCUAUGACUGCCACGGUCGAUGAACUGAAGAGCAAAUUAAAAGACGCGGAAGAGGCGAUUAGAGAUAAGAGUGACGAAGCGUCGAAGACGAAAGCGGAAGCGGAAAAGUCGCGGACACAAAUAGUCGAAUUAAACGCUACAAUCGCAUCCAUGAAAGACGAGAACACUCGUAACAGCAACGAACUGAAGAACGCACAAGUAGAGAUCACACAGAAGCAAAGCACAAUAAGCGAACUGACCGAGGCUAGAGUCACUUUGGAGAACAAAGCGCAAUCCUUGGAAAGCCAACUGGCACAUUUGCGAGAGGAAAUGAAUGAAAAAGAGAAAAUGCGAGCGGAAAUAGAAGUUAAGAUAAAAGAAUCGGAAAGCUCCAAGGAAGAAGAAACGCUGAAAUUGCGGAAUUCCUUGGAGAGCGAAGUCGCGAUCAAGCAGAGAGAGAUCGAGAAUAUAAAUAGACGAAAUAAGGAGCUUGAGGAGAAGUUGCGAUCGUCGCAAGACUUUGUAGAUAAGCAGAAAGUAGAUUUAAUUGACAAAGAGACUGCUAUUGAUAAAUUGAAAAUAGAAAUCAAAGCUUUGGAGGACGCGCAAGUGGAAAGAAUCAAAGCGGAGCAGGAAUCGCGGAAUGAAGAAAUCAAACUGAAGCAGAACGAGCUGAGCGGUGCGAACAAGCGGAUUCACGAGCUACAGAACACCGUGAACGCGCUAGAGAAGCAGCUGAGGGAGCAAGAAAUAAAAUCGGACGAUCUAGCGAGAACAAUGGAGAGGAAUGAGAAAGAAGUGAACAAGAAUAUGCAGAACCUGCUGGAAAAGUUGAACGUUGCCAAGGUGGAAGAGACACGACUUCUGGAUGAACUAAGUCGAUUGGAGAAGGAGAACAAACAAGUCACCGCGAAGUGGAUCGACGCGACUAAUCAGUUGAAGCUGUCGCACGAAAAUCUGAAGAACAGUUGCGACGGGAUGGGCGACAUGAAGCAACACAUCAUCGCGAUGGACAUUGACGUUACGAAACUGCAGGAGGAAAAUGACAACGCGAAGAGCCAGAUAGAUUUUCUCAAUUCCGUGAUAGUUGAAAUGCAACGUAAGAACGAGAAGCUGAAGUGCAAGAUCGAAGUACUCGAAAUGGGUGUUCCCGCCAACGAAGCCGAGGAUUACACUCGUAGCACUCUGGAUAAACGAACGGCCGCGCCCCGUAUGUUCUGUGAUAUUUGCGAUCAGUUCGAUUUGCACGAGACGGAGGACUGUCCUCGGCAGGCGCAGGAUUUUUCCGAGAACGCCGAGAGACCGACAAAGUCUCCGAAAAAGCGAUCCGUGGAGAGGCCGUACUGCGAUAACUGUGAGAUGUUCGGGCACGACACGCGCGACUGCGACGACGCCGAGACAUUUUAACAUUGCAUCACCAUCCUUGAACUUGUUCCAUUUGCUUGCCAGGUGUCCCAUAGCUGUAGAGCGGAUCUGUUAAAAUUUUGAAGAGUAUAUUUUUGUAUGGCAAAUUUUUUAAUUGAAUCUUAAAUCAGAGUAUGAGUCUUCCCGCGUAGAACGGGCACCGUUCAGUAACACACCUUGAGAAAACAGACAAAUUUAUGUUCCCUUCAAAAAAUUAAUUGUUCAAUUUAUUUUUUGUGUGCGAUCCCCAUGUUAUUUAUUUUUCAUUCAAUUAUAAACGAGUUUAUAGUUUUUGAGACAUUUUUUAGUAUCGAAGAAUGAUAAAUUCUUGAGAAAUUUGAUUUAUUAAUUGAUAUAUAUCGAUAAUUUAUGUGUAUCUCACCAAUGUUAUGUUUUAGUGAAUGACCUUGAAAGAUUUUCAUUAAAAAUGUUUAUUCAUCUUUUCAGCACUCUUGCCGCAGAGAUAUUGUAAUCUGAUAUUUGAUGCUUUCGCGUAUGUAUUGUAUUAAACAUUCGAAGAUGUUUUCGGAUUUGAACCGCGUUAGUGUCGUUUUUAUACCGACGUUUAUAUAUAGGAUAUAUUGUAAAUUUGAAGGGAACAUACAUACGGCUUUAAUAUCUGUUUUAUAAUAGCAAUAACGGAAGUUGUGUUACGUGUAAUUUUGUAUAUAUUAGGUAUUCAAUAAUUAAUUUGUUAUUUAAUAUUUAUUCUUCGUAUGUUUGCGCGCUUCGAGAAAAUAGUUCCUUUUUAGUACUUGCCAAUGAAAAAGCGCAAUAUCCGAUCAAAAAAUUCGCGCUUCCCUUUUCACAACACGAUAUAUACUCUCAUAAUACUCUCGCUCUGUUAGGAGAUUCUCUUCGUACAUCCUCAUCUAAUAAUAUAGGAAAAAAAAAAAACUUAAAAACGUCUCGUGAGUGAUUGUAGAGCUAACUUUUUAUGUAAUAACUUUGCAGUUGAUUUACCAUUUUGUUACGAAUCUAAAAGGAUUGAAAAUCGCGAUAUAUUUUCUAACAAAAUUGAUUACAUUGUUGUAACAUGUAAAAUAUUGAAAAUUUACUUAACAUAAAAGAACAAAGUCUUC